AUGACGACUUCCACAUUUGAGAUCGAUGAUAAGUUCAAGUACUUAAAUGGCUUCAACGGCUACCAUCAGUCUGAAGCUACAGAAGGAGCCAUACCAUCGGUCAUCAAUAUCCCUCAAAGCUCAAAAUACGGACUCUACACGGAACGCAUAUCGGGAAGCUCCUUUACUGCCCCGAGGAAAGACUCGAAGCAGACAUGGCUCUAUCGGCUUCUCCCAUCGACAUGCCAUGGAGAAUUCACCGUGUUAGAGAAUCAUCCAUUCAACUCUAGCCAAGUCUCGGACUCAAAGUACCAGUACUCGCCAAGUCAAUCCACCUGGGCCCCCGUACGAAUCGCCAAAGAAGCAGAUUUCCUCACCGGUCUUCAAUUGAUCGGAGGAGCUGGCAAUCCAACACUGAAAGAAGGACUUGCAUACUAUGUCUUCACCGCUGGACAGUCAAUGCCACCCAACCAGGCAUUCUACAGUGCAGAUGGAGACUUUCUGCUCGCUCCCCAAACGGGCUCUCUCGACUUACGCACAGAAAUGGGCUAUCUGCGAGUCCGGCCCAACGAGAUUUGCGUCGUUCCAAGGGGAAUCCGUUUUCACGUUUCACUCCCGGGAGGUCCCGUUCGAGGCUUUGCGCUUGAACUGUUCGAGGGCCAUUUCGAGUUACCUGAACUCGGGCCUAUUGGUUCUACUGGCCUGGCUAAUAUUCGUGACUUUGAGAUCCCUACUGCCAGCUACGACAACUCGGACGGUGAUACGGAUAUAAUUGCUAAAUUUGCUGGGCAGUUGCACCGGACUAGCCACCGGGGUAGUAUAUUCAAUGUCGUCGGGUGGCAGGGUACAUAUUAUCCCUACAAGUAUGACCUGGGUAAAUUCAACACCAUCGGUUCGGUCUCAUACGAUCACCCGGACCCAUCGAUAUUUACAGUUCUCACCUGCCCAUCGUCUAUCCCAGGUGAAGCCGUCGUUGACGUUGCGGUCUUUGGUCCUCGCUGGCUGGUCAUGGAGAAGAGCUACCGUCCGCCGUACUUCCACCGAAAUACUAUGUCGGAGUUUGCUUUUCUCAUUAAAGGCGGCUUUGACGUUACCCCGUUACCACCGCAGCUGGCGGGACUUUUCUCGCUGAAUAACACGAUGUGUGCCCACGGAGCAGACCCGGAAAGCUGGAAACAAGCAACGGAUAAGGUGCUGCAGCCUCAGAAAAUUCCACCAGGGAACUUGGGAGUUAUGUUUGAGAGCCGAUACAUUAUCGGUUUGACAGAGGUAGCGAAUAAAACGUUGGUGAAAUUGCCUGGAAAGUCUGCAGCCUUUGCGGAGUUCGAGAAGGCGAAGAUUUAA